AUGGGGGCCAAUGUGGUGGAAGCACAACGUUUACUCACUAUUCUUAAAACUUAUGAGGCAGCAUCUGGACAAGAAAUUAACUUAUCAAAAUCUGAGGUGUUCUUCAGUCGCAAUAUGAGUGGGGCGGCACAAGAGGAUUUGUCACGCAUUAUUGGUGUCCGGCAUGUGAUGGGUACCGGAAAGUAUUUGGGAUUACCUUCGAUGAUUGAUAGAGAUAAGUGGUCCGUUUUUUCUUUUAUCAAGGAUAGUAUCUGGAAACGAAUAAAUGUGUGGAGGGGACGAGCAUUAUCAAAGGCGGGUAAGGAGGUUAUGAUCAAGUCUGUGUUACAAUCUAUUCCUUCAUACAUAAUGAGUAUUUAUCUUCUGCCGAGUUCAGUUAUAGAUGAUAUUGAGAAGAUGGUUAAUGCGUUUUGGUGGGGAGGAAGGAGUAACAACCGAGGGAUUAAAUGGAUGGCAUGGGAACAUAUGGCAUGCCCCAAAGAGUUUGGUGGAAUGGGGUUUAGGAAUUUCAAAGCUUUUAAUAUCGCUAUGGUAGCUAAGCAAGGAUGGAGCCUUUUGUCUACACCUGAAUCUCUGGUUGCUAGAGUUUUUAAAUCGAGGUAUUUUCCCCGUUCUUCAUUUUUGGGUGCUAAACUCGGUAAUAACUUGAGCUUUGCUUGGCGGAGUAUAUGGAAUUCGCGUCAGAUACUUUUACAUGGAUGUAGGUGA